CCACUUGAAUAAAUCUCGACAGGCGUCGCGUUAUUCGACCGCUUUCGAAACGCUGGGUUAGAUACGCUGACUUAACGCGUUCGCUAAUCCGAGGAUUUUUCACCGACCAAUAAAUAGUACCUGUCCAUCGAUAUUUAUGGGUGUAUCGAGUAGAAUUGGGGACAAACCUAUUCCACCUGGUCCCUCGAUCUUGGUAACCAAGUUGAAGUUUCCACAAUCCUGGACUGUGGUCUCAUAGAAACUACAACGAUGCUUGUAGAUGAUAGUUGCCAAGUAGAAUCCUCGAUGGAUUGUUCCUUAUUGCACCAAAGUGAUCUUCUGGGUAUAUCCAAGCUGUAAACUACUAUCGCGAAAACGCGCAAAUUGCGAUAAGGGACGGCAGACUGAGGAAAACGGCAGAGUCGGGGACGUGUAACAUGUGUCCGUGCGAGGAAGCUUCUAAAAGAACGCGAAACCUAGCUGGAGCGUAGACAAGCUGGCCGGCCCCUCCACGUGCGCCUACCACUAUCAGAAUCAGCCAGACAGGCCGAUAGACGGUAGAAAUGGGGGACGUAGAAGGGCACCUAAGAAAGCCAACGUUAGCUUGUCGCGAUCUUGGUUUCGAAGCAAGGAAACCCCACCUAAAACCCCUUCACCUUCAUCAAGUGGAGCUAGGAGUCUAACCGGGGGGAGAACUUGGACGUUACUUUUCCAGGUCUCUAAGCUCAUUAUUAACGGCGCCUUCCAAACAUCCGUAGGUAUUACCACCUACCCGAGUAUCGCUACCACCUACCACCUACUAACCGACACUUUCUGCCACCUCUCCGACCGAUCCCUCACGUCUCGAUCUGAAAAGGAGGUGAAUGCGCGCGAGAGUGUAUCAUUGGACAAGGAAUUGGGGCAGGAACCAAUAGUAAGGAGCGCGAGGUGGAGCGAUAGGUUUUAAAUAGAUGUACAAAGAGUACACACUGAAUUGCCACUAGUCGGAUAAGAUACCGAUACACGCGUGUCUCCGCGGGAUUUCGGGACUAAAUACGUGACCUCGCCGGGUCCGUUGACGUCGUCGUCGCCGUGGUGGUAGUUUCGCUUCCUUGGGGAUACCGGGCGAACGGUGUGAAACCCGACGAGAGAGAAGUGACAGUUGAGAUAGAGCGGCAAGCACAAAGAACGUCUCAGUCGGCGCUGAGCCAUUGCCUCAGCAAGUCUCACCAGAAGUCGGAGAUCUAGUUCGAGAAAGUUUGACUGAUUACCAACCAUGAGAUUCUCCAGUGGCUACGCGAUAUUCGUCUUCGUGACGAUUUUUGCGUACACGCGGAUCUCGUUCGCCAUACGUGUCACGCAAACCUCCGGUAGGAAGAACGAUGUGAUCGCCGAUCAGACACCAGCGUCUUCUUUCUGGACUCCAACUAUUAAGACAGGCAAUAUCUUUACCGAUGAUAGCACCGACUUUUUCCCCUCGAGUCAUGGCUUGGUGCAGACCCAUCCGACCGGUAACGUAUUUAGAAGUGGUUUCGGCGGAAUCGACAAUCUUGGUAGUCGGGGGGUGACUGUCAGGCCGCCAAGGACGAGACCCCUUGACUAUAGCGAACGCGCCACGGCCGAAUUACGACGAAAUCCGGCGCUUUCCUCGCCGGACGAGUGUGCCAGAGCUUGUCGCGAAAAUGAGCCUCCGAGGAUAUGCUACUAUCAUUUCACCCUUGAGUACUAUACUGUACUUGGAGCGGCAUGUCAAAUUUGCACCCCCAACGCAACUAACGUCGUUUGGAGCGACUGUCAGUGCGUUUUAGCAGAUGGCGUGGAACGAGGUAUUUUAACAGCAAAUAGAAUGGUUCCGGGACCAAGCAUUCAAGUCUGUCAGGGUGACAAAGUCGUGAUUGACGUGGAAAAUCAUAUCGAAGGUAUGGAAGUUACCAUUCACUGGCACGGUGUGUGGCAAAGAGGAAGCCAAUAUUACGAUGGUGUACCGUUUGUAACGCAAUGUCCUAUUCAGGAGGGUAGCACAUUCAGGUACCAAUGGUUAGCUGGGAACGAAGGUACGCAUUUCUGGCAUGCUCACACAGGAUUACAGAAAAUAGACGGUCUCUACGGAAGUAUCGUAAUACGUCAACCACCGAGCAAAGAUCCUAACAGCAACCUUUACGACUACGAUCUCACUACCCACGUCGUCCUCCUUAGCGACUGGUUCCACGAGAAUGCGGCCGAGCGUUUCCCUGGUCGUCUUGCAGUUAAUACCGGUCAAGCGCCUGAAAGCGUAUUGAUCAAUGGGAAAGGGCAAUUCAGGGAUCCCAACACCGGUUUCAUGACGAAUACACCCCUGGAGGUGUUCACUAUAACUCCCGGCCGUCGUUAUCGUUUUCGACUGAUCAAUUCCUUUGGAUCGGUCUGUCCAUCUCAGAUCACGUUCGAAGGUCACUCCCUUACCGUGAUCGCGACCGACGGAGAAGCAGUCCAGCCAGCCACCGUGGACACGAUCAUCUCAUUCUCCGGCGAACGAUACGACUUCGUAAUAAAUGCGGAUCAACCGGUUGGCGCGUAUUGGAUUCAAGUUCGUUCACUCGGCGAAUGCGGUAUUCCGCGUGCUCAACAGCUAGCCAUACUACGAUAUGCUCGUGGUCCUUACCAACCGACUACUACGGCACCAACUUACGAUUUUGGUCUCCCGCAAGGUGUUGUAUUGAAUCCUCUGGACGCGAUUUGCAAUCGUCAACGAGAUGACGCGAUUUGCGUGAGCCAGCUGAAGAAUGCUCGUCAAAUUGAUCAAGGAAUUCUUCAACAACGUCCAGAUGUGAAAAUAUUCUUGCCAUUCCGCUUCCUCUUCUACAGGCCAGAAGAAGUCUUCCAGCCUCAAACGUAUAAUCGAUUCUUGGUCGCCCCGACCGGAGAUCAUGUAAUCUCUCUCGUCGAUGAAAUCUCGUUCACAUUUCCGCCGGCGCCUCCGCUUUCGCAAAUCGACGAUAUCCCGCCCGAACAGUUUUGCAACGGUGACAACAGGCCUGCUGACUGCGGUGCUAACUGCAUGUGCACCCAUCAAGUUGAUAUCCCGCACAACGCGGUCGUCGAAGUGGUUCUCGUAGAUGAAGUUCAGCAACCCAAUCUGUCGCAUCCUUUCCACCUACACGGUUACGCUUUCAAUGUAAUCGGUAUCGGUCGCUCCCCGGACAAGAACGUGAAGAAGAUCAAUCUGAAACACGCAUUGGAUCUCGAUAAAAGGGGUCUUCUCAAUCGACAGUUCAAUUUGCCACCUGCCAAGGACACUAUAGCUGUUCCAAACAACGGCUACGUCAUUUUCCGCUUCCGCGCAGACAAUCCUGGGUACUGGUUGUUCCAUUGUCACUUCUUAUUCCACAUCCUUAUUGGAAUGAAUUUAAUUCUACACGUUGGAACACAUGCCGAUCUUCCACCAGUGCCGCCGAAUUUCCCAAGAUGCGGAGAUCACCUACCGCCCAUAACACCGCCAUCGUUAUUAGACUCAUUUCACUGAUCCAUCCUAAAGAAAGUGAGAAAUUAGAGGCGGUCCAAAGCAUACACGAUAUUUUUAGCGUAUUCCUGUAAAGUAGUCAGUAUGCUGUAGCGAAUUUAUUUCGUAAAUCUUCCUCUCGUUGGGUCGUUCGUUAGAGAACGCUCUACGCGAGAAACAAAAAAAUGGAGGAACAGAGCGAGCGAAAGAGUGUAUGAGAGAGAAAAAGAGAGAGAGAGAGAGGGAGAGAGAGAAAGAAAGAGUCAGAGUGAAAGAAGAGAGUAGAAGAGACUCAUGGUCCUCGAAAAUACGAGGUUCAUGAAUCAAACGAUAGGAGAACAGGCGGAAAAAGAGUUCUUAAUAAGGCACACCAACAGACAUCCAUUUGCUGCCGCAAUAGCGAUCGUUCCCAAAAGCGGUAACGAAUCCACUCGCUGGCAACAGCCAAUAUUUAUUAUGUCUUAGAUGCUUUACUUUGCCACUUUACGCGAAUCAACGCCCCAUUUCAAUUGCGUGACAAAAAAGAAACGUGACAAGAAAGAAUGUGACACCGGUAAUCUAUACACCGUUACUCGAGAAUAUCCUCAGCCGGUUGCCGAAAGGAAAUCGCGAAAAGUUACUAACAUUUAUAACUGUGUACAUAAUGUAGAAAUAAUUGUGUUACAUUUUAACGAGAUAUUAACGUGGGAGUUGUUUGGGAUAAAAUGGCGCGCGGAGGAAUCUUUGCGAAAACAAUGCACAUGGCGUGGAGACCUUUCACCGUGAGAUGAUCGAUUGGCGAUCAUUAGAAUAACGCUGUUUAAGGAAAUUCGAUCCGUUUCAUCUGGAUGAGCAUAGACCACUAGCAUGAGUGAAAUGGCCCGAUACACGAGCGACGAAACGCUUCGCUGGAUCGAGUCCAGGUUCCUAAAGCGGCCUUUUUAGUUAGGAAGGAAAAUUCGUGCCCAUAACUAGAGCACGUGGCUUUCGUUCUUGUCCUUGUCAGCAUUUCAAGUAGUGCAGUUAGGGUAUAUAUAUACUGGAGGAAAGGUAACUUUAGCGUAUUACCUAAUAUGUGUAAAAUUAAAUUAAAUGAGAAAAAAAAUACAAAAAAUAUCCGUAGAUAAUUAGUGUCAAAGAAGAUGGUAGGAGUAUCGAAAAAAUUUCUCGACGUAGCCGCGGAUGUAUCGGUAUUUCCGUUCACCUUUUACGAAAUACACGCGCCAGGCUGCGUCGUUACUUGCCUUCCUCUUUUUGUUCUAGAAAUUAACGAUUUACGAUACUAUUCAUUAUUUAUUUUGCUCAGCAUGAAAUUUCGACUUAAUCUCGGGCACGUUCGAUUCCUCGCUGAGCUAAACACAGCGGGCAAACCAUUUCAUUGGUCAUUUGCGAACAUUGAAUCCUUGAAUCAAUACUCGAUCAACUAUAAUGUAUAUUCAGGCUGUACUUGUUCUUAUAGUACUUAACCAUUUUUCGAAUGACAGUCGAUAUUUUAUCGUUAAAUAAGCAAACGUUAGCACGUAGACAGAUUUGCUGUCGCUGAUUUAUACAUACCUAUAUAUUUCUACACUUUUUCAUGGUGCUUCCAUUUUUCCUUCUACUAUUUUUUUGUUUUAUUCUAUCAGGAUAUUAGAGAAUUCAUGUUAAAACAACUACUCGCAACUCACAAUUACAACGCUUGAUGACCAUUGAGAGUAAUCACGACUCUGUGCUAACUGCAUCCUCGCGAGUCACACACGACAAACACACGUGCACCACGUCACGAUACUCGCCGUUUUGUAGAUAAUACUCUUCUAUUUCACUUCGCUAAAUACACUCGACAAAACCGUUAAAACACGAAAUACUCGAUCGUGGCGAUACUUAAUCACUGACGGAUUAACAUGGUGUACGUCGUCUAUACAGAUAUGUAUUUUAUGACGUCGCUUUUUAGCGAUGAUAGCAUGUUUGUUUCGUAGAAGAGAGUGUCUCUGACGUUGCACGGCCCGCUAUGGAACCCCCGUGAUUUAUUUCACGUAAUUUAUGGUGGAGAAACUCAACCUUUCUAACAGGAAAGAAAUAACAACCAGAGGUACUCUCUUUGGUAUUGUUAAAGAUAAAACACGUACGCUAAUCUUCGUUUUCAGAAUCUUUUCUGCGGGACCGUUUAUUUUUAUUGGCUUCAAUUUCUUAGGGCAACGUUCUUUGAUACGUGUUCGAUAAGGGCAAGUUUUCGAGAACGAAGAACUGUCGUUAGUCAGACGUUCAAUCAUUAUUUAUUUAUGAAAAAUUUAUUUCUCUACGCGAGUUUCGCGUUGACAAAGGAUAUUGAGAUAUUGCAUGUUAUUUCUGUUAUGAAUUAAUUUUCUUCCCCUUUUAACUUAUUUAUACACUUUUGAUGAUGGAUCUAUAACGUACAAAUACACUUUUAUAAGAUCAACUAGCAGAGAUUGUCACUAAAUGUUCAGAAAAGUGUCACUAAACACGUACUGUAUGCUUAACCAAAAUGUUCACUGACAAAAUUACAAAAAGUCGAACAUUUCUAAUAAUAAUUUAUGCAACGAAAAUUUCUGACAGAUUCAGAGGUUAUUGUCCACAUGAAAAGAUGAGUUUUCGUGUUUUUUGUACAGGUAGUAUUUAAGCGAGUAAUUCGCAUAUAUGCCGUUAUCAAGUGAAAAUGUACAUUUAAUAAUAAAUUUUUUUUUUAAAGCUCGA